CGAUGGAGGAGUGUCAAGUGCUUAAAAAGGCAGAACUUGCACUAGCUGGAAAGGCUCGGUGGUAGUGGCGAGAAAGUGUUUCGCGGGCGCACUUUCCGUUUUGGUCACUUGUUAAUUCUAAAUUGGUUGAAUUUUACCACUAGAACCGGAUAUUAUUCUCAGUUUUCCAAGUUUUGGUUGUGCUGAUUACCGAGAAGUGAUGACUCGCGCGCGUUGAAUGUGUGAAAAUAUACGACCGUCGUCCGUCUGGAAGGAGACUGUUUUGACGGGAGUCGCCAUCGAAAGAAGAAGAGGAAAAUUCGUUCAUGUGUUGAUUCCGCGUUCGAGGAAACAAAAUUGGCUCUAAUAAUUUCGUGAACUGGUUUUGACAUUCGCUCCGUAUCUUUUGGGGCAAUGCAAGGGUGAAUCGAGAUUAUGCCAAUGUGCCGUUUAGCGAAGUGAAUGAGGUACUUUCCGGAAGCCUGACCUAGCGCCAAGAAAAAAGUGCAUGAAAUUGAAAAAUCGAUAAAAUUUUAUUGCAACUCGAACCCACAGCAUUCACGCAGCAGUCAAUUUGGUCUUUGUUGUUUUCCUUUGUAAAUUUGCAUUUAGUGCAUCAAUUUGUUUUUGCUCGACUAAAUAAAAACCGGUUUGAGUUGGUUAGGGAUCAGUUUGACUUGUUUAUUUUAUUUACUCGUUGAUAUUUUGCGUCAGCUUCUGUCGUAUCCCGACUUAGAGGUUCAUCGCGGGUGAUAACGAAAUUUGCGAUUAUCAACAAGGAAGUCUAAAAAAAAAGAAGAAGAAGAAUCGCAGGAGAUUUCCGCAAAAAUAUCAUUUUGGGCAGGAGACGCGGCUAGUUCUAGUGGAGAAACAAAAACAACAGAUAGAAUAGUUCACACCUAGCAAACGUUACUAUGCUCAAGUAUUUAACGCACAAACUUCGCACACAAUCAAUCAACGAUGAUCAUCCGGUCAACGAAAAGAUUGACGGACACGAUUCGGGCACGGAGUCCGAUGGCGACUUGGAUCAGGAGGAUGAUUUGAUUCAGGAACAUGACAUGGAGCUAAGUUUGAGCUCCCGUCAAGACACUGCAUCUCCGACGGAUACGGCAUGCUCUUCUGAGUCACCGGCAUUUCUAGGUGCGGCCUCACAUCUGCUAAUGUACGAUCAGAACAGUUCCGAAGAGGAGCUGGAAGUGAUCAACGGCAGUGCCCUGGAGGCGAACAGUGAAACCGAAGGUGAUGGAGGCGGAGAUAGCGGUGGAGGUGGUGCUGACUGUGUCAGCGGUAUUGACCUAGGCAGCAGGGAGAACCUGAACCGACUAGCCGCCGGGCAUCGUCAAGAGCUAGCAGAGGUGGAUUUCCACCGAGUUGGCGAUGAGCUGGACGAAUGCACGGAGGAGUUGUGUCUGGCGACGUCCCUAGUGGCUGGUACGCUUCGGCCACUGGCGAUUACGCCCACCCAGGUGGGCACUAGUAAACGAUGUAGUUCAAAUAAUCUACUAGAAAAGCGUAAACGAUCUCUAGCGCACAGCUCGGAUGAGGAGGUUCGUCAUCUACUCGAACAUCAGCACCAGCAGCAACAUCAACAUCAUCAUCACCAUCAUCACCACCAUCAGCCAUUGAUGUCGGCGCCGGUAAAUUUCCGCACGUCCCCUCCACUAGAAGCUUUAAAACCACACCGUAGCCAUAUAAUCCAGCGUUCGACAACUCCACUCAUCCUGACGGAGAGUGGCCGCGGUCUGGAGCACAUUAGAAUAUCAUCGUCGUCGUCGAUCUCGUCGACAACGUCAUCGCUCUCGUCCCUGGGAGGGGCCUCCGUCGGCACGGUCUACGGAGGCGGCAUCGGGAGCAUGCCCACCUGUGAUAGUCCGGUGUUGGCUUCCGGCAUCAGCAACCAUCAUCAACAUCAACAACCGCAGAAUAGUAGCAACAAUCUAGCACUGAUAAGUACAACAAAUACUCCCACGGGUGCCACCUCCGGACCAGGUGGCCCCUCGGCAGUGGGAAUGCCAUUCAUCAGCGGUCAGGAAUCCGGGGCCGCUGUAGCAGUAAACAAUAUGGAAAUCAGCCGAUCGGUUAGUCCCCCGGCAAAGGUGUUCCACUGUGCGGUCUCGCCCCGACGGAGACAGUCUCGCCAUCAGCAACAGAGGGUACCGCGACCGCACAGGCCAUGCUUAGAUUUCGAUAAGAUGCAGCAACUCAAAGCACGAUCUGUGACCACGUGGCGGCACAGUAACGAACAUUCGGGCGAGCUGUCCGUUUUCUGCUGGUGAUGAUGAGCGCUCGGCGAACGAUGAUCCGAUGGAGGCGCUGGCGACAACAGCAACAGCACGCCCCGGACCGGAAACGUUUGUCCAGGAAUGACAGCAUACUUUCGUUUAGUGCCGAUGGACGACCAGGAUCGCAACAAGGAUGACAACGAUGACGACAAGGACGGCGACGACGACGACGACAAGCUACAAGUGUCUAUUGUGUUUUUGCUCUAGAUUUGUUAAGUUGACUCACUCACACAAACACACGCACGUGAUUACUUUUUGAGUUUAUGGAAGCUGGCUCGAGAAUGCUGAAGAAUAAUUGGCCAUUAAUAGGAGUGUAUUGUAGACUUUGGGCAUUCAGUGUGGUAAUCUUUACAACACAUCUUGUCUUCAUUUUCAUUUGUUGUAAUGAAUGUAGUUUAAUGAAGUAAAAAGGAAGCGUCACACCGUUAAUAAGUGUAGGCCAGAAGUGGAGUGUAAUCAAUGUUGGUUACGAUUUUUGAGAAGCUGAAACAUAAAAGAAACUUUGUUGUUAGAGUGUAAGAAUUUAGAGAACAUUGUUUUAUCGAUUAGUUUAAGCUUAAUAUCUAUUACCUUUCAAAGCAAUUUUGUGAUUUUAAUAUUUAGUAGUGUGUUUUUAUGUUAAUCUUCUUAUCUCAAACUAAAAUGUGAACAAUAAUAUCAGUGUUGACGAAGAAUUAUGCGAACCCAGUUAGAUAGUUAGUAUGAUAUGAUUUGUUUGCAAUCGAGUUGUGGAUGUUAAAUGAAGGAGAGAGUAUUACACAGCAUUUGGAGGUGGAAAACAUGUCGCGUAUGCGACAUACAAUUGAAAUCGCAGAGAGUAUGGUGUUAAUCGAUGUUUUAAUGCUAUGGGCGUCAACGGCGUUGAAGCUAGAUUGAUUGAAUAAUUCAUAAAAGACGUACUUUAUAAGAAACUCUAGUUCUCAGGGAUCUAGGGCAUAACUAAUAUAGCAUGCUUGGCUCGUACUAUUGCAAAUGAUUAACGUAAUGAAGGCACUAUAAACAAAGAGGGGUAAUGGUAAAUUUGGUAUCGUACAUUUACUCUACGUGUCAUAUUAUGCUCCGGAUGUGCGAAAAGUAACACACAUGAAACUUAUCGGACUUUAAAAAGCAUGUUUUGGAAUUAUGAAACUUGUUUGUAAUUUUACUAUUGCCCUUUUAACCAUUGCUUUUGACCGAUAAAACCAAGAGGGGAGACAUAACUUUCGAAAUAUAUUUGUAUCUGGUUCAUAUAUUUUUUGUCAUUUUAUCCGGUAGUCUAAAAACCUAACUCGGUUUAAAAUAUUUUUAUUUAAAAAGAUUUUCCAUCUGUAUCAAGAAUUAAACGAAUGCGUGGGUGGGUGAAUAAAACGGACGCAAAAUAGAAGAUAAUAAUGAAAACCAGAUAAAGCAGUUUUAAAUGUCUAUUCGAGAAUUUAUUUUUGUUGUUGUUGUGGAUUAAUUUGUUCAAAGAUCAGCUCUUUUGUUUAUAGUGUCUUUUGCGCAGGUAAAUUUUCAUGAGAAACUUUCAUUGGUGUGGCCCAUGGGGCAAAAUUCUACAGAGAAGUCCCGUAACCCUAGCAACCAGAUUCUGCCAUUUUAAACAUGCACAGUUCAAAAAAGCUACAAAUGAAGAUACUGCCUUAAUAUCUAUUCUGUCAUUAAUUGAGAAACCAGCAAUCAACACUUCGACAUGCGAGCAAAGUUCUUACCAAAUCUACGACAAUUCAUAAUUCUACACAAAUGAUCUCCAGACUGGUCUGAUGGAUUAAUGACAGAAGCAGUGCAAAUAGAUAACUCGUCUUAUUCUAACACCUAUAAUAACUCGAAACACGAACACAAGCGAAUAAUUUAAAAACAAGUAAAACAAAAUAAACUCGAUCCACUCAAUUAUAGUUCACGAAACAUAACAAAAGUUUCUAAAUAUAUAAACCGUAACGCGAAACGACAAAUACAUUAUUAUCAUGAUUAUUAUACAAAUAUUUUACCGAAAGCAAGCUAAACAACAGAACACAGCAAGCAAAUCAUAGGAUAUAAUAGCCAUAACAAAUCAAUUUAUCAUUAGUCAUUUAGAGAAAGCAGAACGAUCAGUCAGUGGGCCCAUAUUUAAAUUUCGCUGUCAUGUCCAUCUGUUCGACAGAAUGAUCAAGCCCCAUCAGUUUAUGGUGAUUGCGGAAAAUUUAAUAAUACUAGGUGUGAUUCACAUUAAUUGAAAACAAACAUAUGAUGCGUAGAGAGCUAAAUAGGGAGCAUACUUGCUAGUAGUCAAGCUCAACUGGAAAUUAUAAUUUGUUUGAACUUAUUUCCUAUUGGCAGACCUACCUUAACCGUGACGACGUGCUUGUAUUUUAAUACUGUUACUCCUUAAUCCGUUUACUCAAAGAAAAUUGGGAAUUAGAAGUAACGAUUCGAAUACGAAUUGAGAUAAGCUUUCAGGGGCUGUGAUAUUCAAGAACGGAUUAAGGGUUAUCUGUGAUUACUUGGAAUCCCAUUUCUGUUCAUCUCUAAACACCUUCCACCUUCUGAGCAGUGCUGUGAUUUUUAUUCUGCUUCAAGUAUAUUCAGUAAGACAAAGUUUAUUUCUAAAAAAUAAAAAAAAUCUAAGGAAUGAUUGCUUUUCUACCACCACUACUAUGCACGCCGCAAGAAAUCAACAAAAGCUACAGUUAUAUAAGUUGUGUUCUUUAUACGAUAUACGUUAUGUAAUGAUAUAUUUCUCAUAUAUCAUUUUUAUUUUCAGUUAUGAAAUUAAUUUUUGAUACGUAAUACAAUUGACACAGAGAUAUGACCGCUUCCUAAUCAGCAUCCCAUUCGCAUCAAUUUCAAUCUUCUAAGUUUUAUCCUUAACGAAUUACUCAAUCUUUGAUACAUGAAAGCAUUUGUGAAUUUUUAGCGAUGGACAAAUGGUCAUGACGAUGGUCAUAUGGUUCAAAUGCGACAGAGUAAUAAAGGUAGCGGGCGCAAAAAAGAAGAAGUGCUGCUCAAAUAGAUCUUUCCCCUAAUAUAUUUGUCCCAAAACAGCACUGCUCCUGAGUAUAACGAAUUUCCAUUCACUUUUUCCCUAUUAUUGCAGCGUAGUGUGGAACUGGAAGCUAGACCGAUUGAAAAUAAUUAAAGACUAAUGAAACAAUAAGAUGUGAGCUAAUGGAAACAAUAAUGUUUACAUCAGUUACAAUACAAUUGAUUCGAUCACCUACAAAACCAGAGGUUUUAUUAUAAUUUACAGUAUCAUUGCUUCAAAUGAAAUAAUUAAUUCAAUUACUUGAUGGAUUUUGAAUUGGAAUAUUUCUGCAUAAAUACUAAAACAGUUUUCAGCGGUAUUCAUCAUAGCUACGAACGAAGUGAAGUAACGUUAUUCUAUCAUAGUCAACAUUGUUGCAAUGCAUCAAUUCCGCUUCUAGAACAAACCAUAAAUUCCUUGAAUUUUAUUUGCACAUGUCAUGGAAGAGUGUGUUGCAGCAGCAUUGUUUUCAGGCUCACAUUUUUUUGGACGAAUAUCAGGAGUUUGUUUCUAAAUGAACUCUAUAUUGAAUGAAGAAAAUUGUAAUUAUGGACGAAAACAUAUUAGCCAACGUGAAUCAUGAUUUUUAACGUGACUUUGCAACUACAGAGCGAUUGAAUUCGAAUUCGAAAAGCGCCCAGGUGGAGGACAAACCCUUCGCACCAAGAGAGAAACACAAACGAUUGCUUUCAGUAUUGGAAAUAAAGUUAAGGAAAAAACAAAACAAACAAACAACUUAUAAAUAUUGUACUAGUAGACAAACUGAUCUUAAACUUAAGGAUACCAAUGAUAUAGAAGGACAUUUUCAGUGAAAUUAAUCAAACUGUGAAUUCAAUGAUGAAGCGAGAAGGCUUGAGAAAGGGAAAAAGAAAGGUGCAAUCAAGAGUCACAGUGAAGGCGAAGCCCACAUUAACACAACACGAGAGAUAAAACUCGUAAAAAUCUUAGAUGUCGUCUCUAUUGAAUUGGAACUAUUGAUAUAACAAUGAAAAAUAAUGCAUAGCACAUACAAACAUUCAUACACACAACCAGUCAUUUGAACACAACUUUGUCCAAAAAAACCAAAACUGAACAUGGAAACAAUAGGAUUGCAAACUAUUGUUGAUUGCAAAUUGAUGGGACUUUUUGCGUUAACAGAGAAGUUAGUGGACAGCCGCAAUGCGCUUGACAGUGCGAGAGAGCGAGAAAGAAUCAUAUACAAGCGUGAGCGAUCGGAAUGAUGUUGAUUACUUUCUAAGUUUACGUACGUACUUUAUUAGUUUUUUUUUGUAUCAUGUGGAUAAAACCGAAUGAAUACUGAACGAUUUAGGACAGAAAAUACACAACCAACUUGAUUUAUUAUGAACGGAGAAUAAAGAAAAUACAAAAUUAUAUUACGAA